UAUUAAACAAAAAAUACUAGAAAAAAAAUAUUUAAUUUUUUUUACGAAGAUAAAAAAUUGUACUAAUAUACCUAUCUCUUUAAUUUUUUUUAUAUUUUGAAUCAAUAUUAUCAACAAAACGUCUUUAUUGGCAAUCCUGCAAACUGACAGCAAAAUGACAGUUAAUUUUGACUUUUGACAUUGACAUUUCCUUUUAUUCUCAAAAAAUUGAAAAUGGCAAGUUUGGGGAAUUGCGAAACCUCUGGUUGUUCAAAUUCAGCGAAAUUGCAAUGUCCUACUUGUAUAAAACUAGGAAUUCCAGGGUCCUUCUUUUGUUCACAGGAUUGUUUUAAGAGUAAUUGGAAAACUCACAAAAUAAUUCACUCAUUAGCUAAAGGUGAAAAUAUAGAUGGUAAGAAAGAAGACUCAUACAAUCCAUGGCCCAAUUAUUCAUUCACAGGAAAGUUAAAGCCAUUUCCACAGACUCCAAAGAGAACUGUACCUCCUCAUAUCCAAAGACCUGACUAUGCUGAUCAUCCACAAGGCUUUCCUUUGAGUGAGCAGGCUGUUAAAGGGUCUGGACUCAUAAAAAUUUUAGAUGAUGAAGAAAUUGAAGGAAUGAGGGUAGCAGGAAAAUUAGGCCGGGAAGUUAUUGAUGAAGCCGCAAGGGUAUGCGAUGUAGGUGUUACCACAGAUGAAAUUGACAGAAUAGUCCAUGAAGCAUGUAUUGAAAGAGAAUGCUACCCAUCACCUUUGAAUUACUAUGAAUUUCCUGCUUCUUGUUGUACUUCUGUCAAUGAAGUUAUUUGCCAUGGGAUACCUGAUACUAGGCCUCUUGUAGAUGGUGAUUUAUGUAAUGUAGAUAUAACUGUCUACCAUAGAGGGUUCCAUGGAGAUCUUAAUGAGACUUUUUUUGUCGGAAAUGUCAGUGAAAAGCAUAAAAAUUUGGUCAAGGUUACCCACGAGUGUUUAAUGAAAGCUAUAGAAAUUGUCAAACCAGGAGAAAAAUAUAGGGAAAUUGGCAACAUCAUUCAAAAACAUGCACAAUCUCACGGUUAUUCUGUUGUAAGAAGUUACUGCGGCCAUGGAAUUCAUAGGUUAUUCCACACAGCUCCAAACGUGCCCCAUUACGCAAAAAACCGAGCCGUCGGAGUCAUAAAACCAGGACAUUGCUUCACAAUCGAACCCAUGAUAUCGGAAGGCACUUGGAGAGACGAAAUGUGGCCAGAUAAAUGGACAGCUGUCACAGCCGAUGGACAAUGGUCGGCGCAAUUUGAGCACACACUUCUAGUUAACGAAACUGGCUGUGACAUUUUGACACGCAGAUUGGUGAAGAAUGGACAACCACAUUUCAUGGAUAAAAUGUAAUUUUUCAAGAUUGACAACGAUUUUUUUAUGUCUUCUGAAUACAUUAUUUUUUGUUUAAUUCGACAGGAGUAAGGUUUAUAUUUUUUUUCGGAGAGUUUUUAUGCUAUGAAAUUGUAUAUUUUAAGCUACUCUUUUCAAUUUACUCAGUUUAUUAACACAAAUGAGAUCGUAUAUGUAUAACGGAUAGAAGAAAAGCAUUUCUAAUAAAAUUAUUAAACAU